AUGAUACUGUCCGGUUUCGAGGGCAGGGACCAGAUUGUGCCGCCCGCGUUUCGGGCCAUUUUUCCGUACGCCGACCAUUCGGAUGUUUGGAAGGUUUGCUUUUGUGGAAACUUUACGGAAUACGGAAUUAACGUCGACAAUUUCUUUUCCGGAAAUUCUCGCAAUUUUUUUCAGCUGACAUUCGACGUCAACCACCAAUUGACUACCCUUCAGGCGAUUAGUGUGAUGGAGGAGUGGGCGCCCAAAUAUUGGGUACUUUCACUUUUUUAUCAUUUCCAAUUAGCCCAAAACUUUUCCAAUAUUGUAGAAAUCCAAAAACGCGACCACUCUGGAUUCCAAAAACCGUCUGUCAAACGUGUCGUUCGCUCAGGAUCAGGCGUCGGAUUUUCUGAUGCACCGAAGUGCGGUUCGACAAUUUCUCAAGUACAUGUACCGUACUUCCAUUUCCACGUUCAAAUUCACUGAAAAGGAGGCGAUUAGGGUGGGCACGAGAAGCGCGCCAGCAACCAAAAAAAAUGUUUGCUGGCGCAUUUCUCGAUCAAUCAAUUUCAACGGGGAUUUUGUCGAUUUCGGCACUUUCAGAUGCGAGAAAUCUUUUGGAAAGCGGAUCUGGACGCGAAAAGCAACUACACGAGCGCCAGGACACUUUUCAAAAACGACACGGAACUGGCGGCCGCCCACAAAAACUUUCCGGCGACUUUUGAAAACUUGACGGCCUCCUACUAUUACAUGCAUUUCUCGUCGGCCGAACGAUUGAAUUGGACACUCUCGCGUUGA